UUUUGAUAGUGCUUCGUUUGGUUGGUUGUUUGCGUGUGAGAUAAAAUAUGGGUCUUUUAAGAUUUUUUGUGUGUUUACAUAAAGUUCUUAGCAUUCCUAGUGUCAUAUUUAUUACGUGAACAUUAAUCACGCGUUUAUGAACGUUUGUAUGUGAUUGUACGUGUUCAAGGCCAGUGGUGUUUCAAUGUCAAUCUCAUCUGUCUCAAUUUUCGUAAUCUGUAAACAUGGCGCUUAGAAGCCAGUUGCGUUGUCACUAACGAAUACAAUUCAUUAUAAAGUGCAAUGUUCUCCACGCCAUCUUCAACAUCAGAACCACAUAAUUAUGAUUUUGAGAAGGAAGAAAACGCUGCAAAAUGGAAAGGAGUAUUUGUCAAUUCUUUACGGAAGGUCUUGGAGCAGGUUCAUCAUUCUCUGGAUGCCCGGGAGGAUGCACUGGACUAUGUAGAAAGCUUGAUUCUGCGACUGCUGGGGAUGCUGUGUGCACGUCCUUCACCACACACGGUACAGGAUGUGGAGGAAAGGGUGCGGCGCACAUUCCCAACUCCAAUUGAUAAAUGGGCGCUUUCUGAUGCCAAAGAGGCUCUGGAUCGUGGCAAGAAGAAAUCUCCUCUUGUUCUGCCUGUUGACAAAGUCCAUCAUCUGCUACAGAAGGAAGUUCUUCAGUACAAAAUUGAUUCCCAGGUGGCUCUCUAUGUUGUUGCUGUAUUGGAAUACAUCUCAGCUGAUAUUCUGAAGUUGGCAGGAAAUUAUGUGAAAAACAUCCGUCAUGUGGAAAUUACAUGCCAGGAUAUCCGUGUUGCCAUGUGUGCAGACAAGGUUCUCAUGGAUAUGUUUUAUCAAGAUGAGGAUGCCAGCGGAGGUGGGGGCAUGUCAGGAAUUGGUGUGAUAGAUGAUUCUGACCCUGUCACGCCUCGAACUUCUCUUACCUAUGAUGAAGUGGUAAAGGACCUCAUCCAUGAUGAAAAACAGUAUCUCCGUGAUUUACACAUGAUCAUCAAAGUUUUUAGGGAAGAAAUUGCAAAACUGGUAACAGGAAACUCAAAGGAAUUGGAUGCCAUGUUCAGCAAUAUCAUGGACAUCUAUGAGCUGACAGUCACAUUGCUUGGGUCAUUAGAAGAUACACUGGAGAUCAGUGAGGAGAAACAGGUCCCAGCUAUAGGCAGCUGCUUUGAGGAGUUGGCUGAGGCUGCUGAAUUUGAUGUGUAUGGCCGUUACGCCAAGGACAUCACUCAGCAACAAAGUCGAGAUGCCCUCACACGAUUGCUUAGUCGACCUGAGGUAUCUGAUGCACUACAGUCAGCGGGUCAUGGAUUUCGGGAGGCUGUGAAAUAUUACCUGCCUAAACUUCUCCUUGGGCCCGUCUGGCAUUGUUUCCUAUAUUUUGAAUACAUCAAGAUCCUACAUCGAUUAAAGCCGGGAGAUGAAGAUGGUGAAAGUUUAGAGCAAGUAGAAGGUCUGCUUCGACCUUUGCAGAUGGAACUUAAACAGACGGUUAGCAGCUUGCCAAAAAAAGAGACUGGGGUUCGAAUGCAUGGUCGAGCAAGACGACAAUCAGCCCUUGAAAAAACCAAUGAACUACAGAAAUCCAUAGAUGGUUGGGAAGGUAAAGACAUAGGCCAAUGCUGUAAUGAAUUUAUUCGAGAAGAUGUACUGCGAAAGGUGGGAAGUGGGCGACGACUUACAGAGAGGCGAGUGUUUCUUUUUGAUGGACUCAUGAUACUGUGCAAACCCAACAGCAAGAGAGCGUCUGUUUCUGUUACGGGACCAAUUGGUGGAGAGUAUCGCCUUAAAGAGAGAUUCUUCAUUCGUAAAGUGGAGAUUAUUGACCGUGAGGAUACAGAAGAACUGAAGAAUGCAUUUGAGAUUGCUCCACGAGUUCAGCCAAACGUUAUACUUGUAGCAAAGUCUCCUGAAGACAAAAAUAACUGGAUGGCUGACCUCAUCAUGCUCAAUACAAAGAGUAUGUUGGAACGCACUCUGGACAGUAUCUUGUUGGAUGAAGAGAAGAAGCACCCACUACGCUUACCUUCACCUUCAAUAUACCGAUUUGCGGAGGCAGACUCUAAAUCCAAUAUAGUACUUGAAGAGCGGGAAAAUGCUGGAGUGCCUCUUAUAAAGGGUGCAACACUAUACAAGUUAGUGGAGAGGUUAACGUAUCACAUUUAUGCUGAUCCUAUGUUUGUAAGGACAUUCCUCACCACAUACCGCAGCUUCUGCUCACCCCAGGAACUCUUGGACCUCUUGGUGGAGAGAUUCAACAUUCCUGAUCCAUCGUUGGUCUACGAUGACAACAAGGACUCUUUGGAGUCAGAAAAGACAAUCAAGAACUCCCAGAGGGAAGACUGGAAGAGGUAUAGGAAAGAAUACUGUCAGCCAGUGCAGUUCAGAGUGCUGAAUGUGUUAAGGCAUUGGGUGGAUCAUCAUUUUUAUGAUUUUGAGCGAGACCCUUCAUUGCUUGAAAAACUUCAUGCCUUCCUUGACACAGUAAAUGGCAAGUCAAUGAGAAAGUGGGUUGACUCUGUUCUCAAAAUAGUGCAGAGGAAGUCUGAUCCUAAUGAACUGCAGCGGGAAAUAACAUUUAAUUUUGGCCGUUCCCCACCGCCUAUAGAAUGGCAUAUAUGCUGUCCUGAAGAGGAAUGGACAAUUCUUACAUUGCAUCCAAUUGAAAUCGCCAGACAGCUAACAUUACUGGAGUUUGAAUUAUAUAGGGCUGUGAAACCUUCAGAGUUGGUUGGAAGUGUGUGGACCAAGAAGAACAAAGAACAGACUUCCCCCAACUUGCUUCGAAUGAUUAAACAUACUACCAAUUUCACUCGAUGGCUAGAGAAAAAUAUAGUGGAGGCAGAGAAUUUUGAAGAGCGAGUGGCAACAAUGUCUCGGAUCGUAGAAAUCAUGAUGGUGCUGCAAGACCUGAACAACUUUAAUGGUGUCUUGGCUGUUGUUUCAGCUAUGGGUUCAGCUUCUGUCUUCCGACUGAAAUGUUCCUCUCAGAAAUUACCAGAAAGACUGGAAAAGGCACUUGAAGAAGCAAGGGAAUUGAACAAUGAUCAUUUCCGUAAAUAUCAAGAGAAACUUCGUUCUAUUAACCCGCCAUGCGUUCCCUUCUUUGGCAUGUACCUGACCAAUAUCCUACACAUUGAAGAGGGCAACCCAGACUACCUGCCCAACUCCCCUGAACUCAUCAACUUCAGUAAAAGGCGCAAGGUGGCAGAGAUCACAGGAGAGAUUCAGCAGUACCAGAACCAGCCAUACUGUCUUAGUGUUCACCCGAAAAUACGGCAUUUUCUAGAAAAUUUGAAUCCGUUUGAGGAUCAAAAGGACACAGACAUAAGUAACUACUUGUACAACAAAUCGCUUGAAGUGGAACCUAGAGGAUGCCGGCAGCCUCCCAGAUUUCCCCGAAAGUGGCCAGAUUUGAACCUCAAGUCACCAGGUAUAAAGCCGCGUAACUUACCAGGUCGCAACCAUCCUCCUGGUCCUCUUCCUUCAAUGGGAGAACGUCAUUUAUUCCCAUCAACCAGUCGGUUGCCAGAAGAUGGGGAGGAAACUCCGAGGACACCACUCACAGUGUCAGCACCCCAUACGCCCCCAUACCAUGGUCCUUCCUCAGACUUUAGUGUCUUUGCACCAAUUCUCAUUGGACCUGCAGCUUCAGGAAACCAGUCACCUGGCCCUAUUCAGUCAGCAGCAAGUAGUAUAGCAUCUGGAAUUGCGACAACAUUGGUACUGAAUUCUGCUUCCACCUCUCCAGCAACGUCUCCAACAGUUACGUCACAACAAGCAGCUGGAGGUGGUCUGAUUGGUUCCUCUUCCCCAUCUCCAUGUCCUCCCCCAGUAACCACUGCCUCAGUCACAUCCAUGCCUCCACCACCUGCCCCACUUCCUAAUCCCGGUCCACCACCUCCUCUACCACCUCGGCGCCCAAGGGAACCCUCACUUGGGGAUAACAAUUCUCCCCAGCAGGUUUGCCAAGCUUCUGAUGCACCCAUGCUUCCUCCACGGGGACUGUCUCCUCCACCCCUUCCACCUCGACGUGAUGUGGCUGGGGUCCCCAUUGUAUCUGGAACAAUGCCUCGUAUUCUGCCUUCACAGUCACGUGAUCUCAGUGCUACCAUGAACAACUCGUUCACUCCUCUACUAAGGCGAAACUCUGCUUUGGACAUGCAUCUCAUUUCAUCUCAACCACUGAUACCUUCUUGUUGUACUAGUGGAGGCAUGGGUACUACAGCACCAGUCCCAGCAAGAAGACACAUGUCUGUAAAUGGGCCUAUUUUUACAACUUCAGCAUCCUGUUUUCCCCAUUCUUCAGUGUCAUGUGGUGGGCACAAGACUGGCUUGUGUAAUCAUCGAGAACCAUUCGCAGUACAUCAUCAUAGCAACACGACACCCAAACUUCCACCAAAACCAUUCAUCAGCAGUAAACCAUUGCCACCCCCGGCAACUGCACAUUCUCAUGCCCCACCACCUCCAGCAAUGUUCCAAUUCAACAGCAGUCAGAGCUAGUGAAACCAUCCUUACUUUCUCUCCCCUAACUCUCAAGUAACUAGCUGUUACUUGAGGUAAUGACUGUUCCUAAAUCCCCCAUAUUUUACGACACAGAGUCCAUAUUGAUAUGUUUAUGCCAUCAGUCAACGGAAACUUGAGGGAAAACUUAUACCAUAUCAUUCUGAGCAGGUCAUAUUAGCUGGUGUCAUCCGUGUAGUAUAAUUUAACCCUUUGCAAUGCCAUUUAAAUUCAGUCUAUUGAUGCUAUCAUAACAGUUAAUUUAAAUGCUCUUUGUAUAUUAAAUAUAGAAAGAGAUUUGGGGUAUUUGCUACAGUCUAAUGCAGUAAGCAGAGCAAAGGGUUCAGACUUAGGAUAACACUUAAUCCUCCCAUAGCCAGAAGGUACAGAAGUGCUCGUAAUGAGAUUGUCACAGCAGACCAAGGCCUUGAAGCAAUAUGUUUUGUACACUGGUCCUAAUGUCGUUUCGUGGGUUUCUGGUUAUGUGAUACAUGAAAUAAUUAGAGUAACAUAAUUUAUAUCAUCUGACUUGUAUCUGUUGUUACAUACAAGUAUGUACACACUUGCCCUUAUUUUUCACAGAUUAAGAGUUUUUAUGAACAGAAUAAGCAAUAUCACUUUCUUCUGAUCCACACCCUGAGAACAAAGUGAUCUGUUUUUAUUUUAAAAUUACAGAAAAUAUGUGUAUUUAGUGAAAUAAAAGAAAAAUUUGGGGUGAGUUGUUACUUAUUCAGAGCUUCGGUAUAGAAGGGUGAUUUUAGUUCAGUGGUGAUCUUGUUUGAAGAUCCAUGGCUUCUUUUCUUUCAACCAUUGAUGUCAGUUAUAUUUUAUUGCAUAUUAAAAAUCCUAUUUUAUUUCUGUGAAUAUUGCAUGAUCUUUAUGAGGCCUUUAAAAAUAAUACCAAGUCACCUCCUACCCCAAAGGCAUAAAUUAAGUAAUAAUUAUUAUUAUCAUCCUCCCCACCUCAUAAUAGCAUCAUGGAAAAUAUGGUUGACUUCUUAGUGCUACACUAGCAUCUUCCUGGAUAUGUGUGUUGUCCCCAAGUGUCCAUCUCCUGCAGUUCUUUGCAGAAAUGGUUUGCCAGGGAUAUAAAGUGAUCUUGAUAGGCUUUCUUCCAGCCACAACUAUGAUUAUUACUACCAGUAUCACAUUCACUACUGCUGCUGCUGCUGCUACUACUACUCUACUACUUAUGACUGCAGCCACUGCUGCUACGCUUUUGUUGAUGAUGACGUCAGUGACGACAAUUAUAGUAUUGUAACGUGUUUUGCCACUGAA